AUGGUCAAGGUAUUAAUUGCUCUCACAUCAUACAACGAGUCAUUCUAUGAGGAUGGUUCCAAAACCGGUGUCUUCAUCUCCGAAGCAUUGGAACCUUUCUUGGAAUUCUUUGAAAAAGGCUACGACAUUACAUUUGCCUCAGAGACCGGUAAAUUUGGCUAUGACGACCACAGUUUGACCGACCAUUUCUUGAAAGGCAAAUUGCUCGAGGUUUAUAAUGACAAAAACUCAGCAUUCAACAAGGCAAUUGCACAAAUCAAGAAGGCAUCUGAUUUGCUUGACACCGAUUUCGAUGUGUUUUUUGCUGCUGGUGGUCACGGUACCAUCUUUGAUUUUCCAAAAGCCACCGAUUUGAAAAAGAUUGCUGCAAAGACUUGGGAAAACGGCAAAGUUGUAAGUGCCCUUUGCCACGGACCUGCCAUCUUUGAAAACUUGAACCUCUCCAAUGGCGAGCCAUUGAUCAAGGGUAGGAAGAUUACCGGAUUCACCGAUAUUGGAGAAGAACAAUUGGGUCUUGGAGACCUUAUCAAGAAGAGCAAUUUGUCCACUGUUGCACAAGUUGCUGAAAGGGAGGGCGCUGAGUAUGUCGCACCAAAUGGACCAUGGGACAACUUCACCGUUACUGAUGGUAACUUGGUCACUGGUGUCAAUCCACAAUCUGCUAUCGAUACUGCUAAAAAGAUUGCAGCUGUUGUCGAAUCUGCAAGCACCUAA